AACCAGACAUUCAUAGUUCAGGCGAUCAAACUCCAAAUCGUCAGCCUCAUUCCAGCCUUACCUUCUAUUUCUCUUAUCUCGGCUAUUUUCUAAUGAUCAUCAAUGCCUCUACUUGAUCAACCACAAGCCGCCAUACAUACUACGCAGUCAAUCAAUGAGCCGAACAUGCCCGAAUUAGCGGAAUCAAUCAAGGCUAUUCAAGAAGGCGCCAAGGAAGACCGCUUCACCUAUCUCACCAUCCUCCAAUACCAUGUCACCUCCCCAGAAAUCCUACCCACAUUAAACGACGUCCUUCAAGACGCCGACCUCACCCAAGAAAUUGGCUGGGAUCUCGUACAGAUGCUUCUGAACAUCCAAGGUUCGGAAAUAUGUCUCGAGACGGUGGCCCGCUUAGGGAACCCCCGCGAGGUCGUCAUAAAGGUCAUGGAAGCCUUAGAAGGGCUCGCCGUCGCUUGGCAUGACGAAGUCAUCGUUGAUGAAAAUGAGCCUGGGGUCAUCCCCGACUCGAAAAUACCAGGAAAAUUCAUUACUUUGCUUGGCAUGCUAGCCAUUCUUCACCAACGUAUCAAAACAAAGUACCCUUCAAGAUUUCUAGGGCCGUCGCUAGUGAAGGUGUUUGAAGCCUACCAGCCAACACCAGAGAUGACUGCAUCCAUUAUCAACCUUGUCUACUCGCUGUCCGGACGUAAGAGACCACCUCUUCCUUCCCGGAAAUCAAGCAUCAAUGUCCUCAACCCUGAUCAUGAUGGAGACUUAUCUAAGAACGCACCUGAUCCGGAGGCGGAGCAGGAGGACCCCAAAGAAGAAGCCAUGCAAGAGAAGUUACUGCAGUCUUUUGUCACAUGUAUCCUACAGCGAUACGCGAACGCGCAUGAUAUGUUAUGGUCACCGCGGUUGCUGGAAGUCUACAACCCAAAGAAGAAUGUGCCGGGUAAGAAAACGACGAUCGAAGCAUUCAGGGAAAAUGACGAGCUUCAGAAACGGGAUGCGGUAAUCGGACAACUGGUUGCCUUACUUCGAGAUCUUGGCCUCAGCAAAUGCCCUGCGGAUUUUGUAAAAAGCAUAUUCGAAGGGCCAGUACAUAUAGACCCUCUGGUAGCCUUCAACGACUUUUCUAGCGUCGAUGAUAUCCACUUAUCACCGGGUGGGGCGGUGUGCCUCAUUGCGUACUGGAUCUUCUCCAAGGACGUCUUCGGCUCCGAUAGCCCCCAACCUGUGAUGCACAUCUUUCCGGAACACGCCGCAAUACUUGGGCGAUUCCUUGGCCAAGAAAUGCAAUCGGAAAUCCUUUCAAGUCCCGGAAUUGCUGAUGCGCUAUUAGCCAUAGGCCUUGGGCUCGAACAUAGACAGCUAAUAAAGGCAGGUAACGAGACAAAUCUGAUGGCAUAUCAUCACAACCUCACACUCAUAUCCGUAUUUCACCCGGAUAUAAAAGUCAGGAAUGCCGCCACAACCUUCGCCGGCUCAAUGCUCCACUCGGAACCAGAUGACCACAUCCGCCUAGAAAUCCUCGAAGACCUAUUAGAAAACUGCAUGUUCGCCUCCCUCAAAGCAUGUUGCAUCACAUGGCUGAAAGAAGAGCUCAUCGCCGCCAAGCAAGGCAACCUCUCCAACCAGUUCUCGUCGCCGGACGUCAUCGAGAGACUUCAAUAUUCCUUAUUCCCCGACAUGCUCUUUUUAAACGAGUCAAGUACGGAGGCUCUAGUGGAUUUCUGGGCGCAGAACCAGCUCUUCAUCUUGCAGGUCGCCAACUUCGCGUACUUCCUCUUCACGGGCCUGAAGGAACUCGUGCCGGACGGAAUGGGCGCCGCCGUAGGCCAGCGCUUCGUCGAGCCCCUGAUAGCGGCGGCUGAGAAACUGCUGAAGUCGGAGGACGGCGAUGGCGAGGAUAAGAUGCAGCUGAGCAUAUUAGUAGAUCGGCUGCGCAGCUUGGGGCUGCAAUAGAGGGGUCUGGCGCUGGUCUCAUUGUGAGCGUGCGUAGAGAAGUGUGGGUACUUUGAUGUUUUGCGGGUUGGGUGCGAGGAGCGUAUGUGAGGACAGCUAGGUUGAUAGGUAUGACCUGAUGACGGAAGUAGACGUUACAAUUGACUCGUUGAAAGUUAUGCUCAGAUAUAUGGAAGACGCUUAUUCUUGCGCCAUCGUCUAUGUCGUACUGCCUAUUAUGAAUCAAUUCCCCGUCCACGAGGAGACUAGAAGUGCCUGGGAUUUAAUACAAGUGGCAGUGGUGGUCGGUAUUGGCCAGGAGGCCGCUAUAGGUACCCUAGAACCUCUCUAAGUUCAUUGUAAGCAUGACGACGCUUGAUAGACCC